ACGUCAGUCGAGUGGAGUGGAUCGCGUCGAGUGGAUCGACGUUGUCGUUCGCGUGCCACACACACAUACACACAAACACACACACAAACACACACACACAUACACACUCACCACUCACUCACACACGUACACUCGCAUACGUACACCACUUGUGUGCCCGAAAAGCCGCCACCCGUCGUAAGUGAACGCUCGCACGCCGAUCGCGUUACGAUUAAUAUUUUGUUUCUUCUGCUGGCCGUUGUUUCCGUCGUCUAACUGCUCGCGCGAGUGUCUUCCGUCGGUCGUGUGCGUGUGCAGUGUACGCGAAAGAAAAUAUCGUAUAAAUCGUGUUUCGUCCGCGUGUUCUUCCGUCGCGCGUUCGUGUGGUGCUGCCGUUCUCCUCCGCCCGGCCGAUACCCGCGUGUGCCCGUCCGUCCUUUGUGCGCCGUGUACGUGAAUCCAAGCGCACACCCGUACGCUCGUCCGCCCAUAUUCUUGCAGUGCGUAAUCGCGCGCGCGUACAAUUUUCUUUUGGUUUCUUUCGGUUAUACAUCGGUUCAUACCGUUCGCGCCCGGUGUACCGCGGUUGUGUUCGCGCGUGGUCUCCGAAGAGUGUGGUUCGCGUACAUAAAUUACCAACCGCCUCUCGUUAUUCGUCUCGUCGAUGUUGAUCGAAAAUCUCGCAGCCCGAAAACUUUUUCCGAUCUGAUUGGGGACCUCAACUCAACUCGCUUUUUGUUACGUGAAGCGUAUUUAAAAAUUUAUCCAUCUACAUGGGUACUGUGAGAGCAGCACUGCAUCAAAGUUAAUCCAAGCAAAAAAACAGUUGAACAUUAAAAAUGGCCAUGAAGACAGAUGAAAAUUUUGAAGUACAUUCUUCAAUCGCCACGCGGUCUAUUUCCAUUGCGUUCAGCUGAAGUAAUAUUAUGGACUCGGGAUUUAGCAAUAUGUUGGAAAACACGAGGAAAUAUUUCCAAGGGAUCCCAAGCGAUGCUGCCGCUGCGGCCGCUGCCGCCCAACUGCACUUUGCCCCGCCACUGCCCCCUUCGCACCACCUACUUCACAACGGUGGCGGGGGCGGUCGGACACCAAUGAGUACGUCGUCGUCGUCGUCGUCGACCGAAUCGUCUUCGGCAUCGAGCACCGAUCGUUUCGCCGGUUACCACCAUCCGCAUCUACAGCGGUACAACUAUCAGCCGUACACGUCGCCCGGACAUUACCCGCGUACCGCCGUUGACCCUAAGCCCGCGGCGUUCCAGCACCACCACUUCCAGCCGCCGUCGCUGCAGCAGUACCACCACCAUCAGCUGCCGCCUUCGUCGUCGUCGUCGUCGUCGUCGUCGUCAUCAUCGUCGUCUUCGCCGUACAAAUUGCCUUUCCCGCUGCAACAGCCGCCACCGCCGCCGCCGCCGUCGUCGUCGUCGACCGUCAAACAGCAGCAACCGCCACCGCUGGCCCAGUCGCCGUUCAAACCGUCGGCCGCCCGCUCAUCACCUCCCGUCGGCAAACAGUACUCACCGACCAAGCCGUCGCCGUACGCCGUGGUGUCCAAACCAUCGCCGUACGCGAUGGUGCCCAAGCCCACUACCACCGCGCCUCCUCCUCAGUCGCCGUUCACCGCGCCCAAGGAACAGCACGCGUCCGGCCUGCAGCAGCCUUCGGUUCCCGAGACACCACCGCCAACUCCGCAUUCUUCGCACUACUACAACAGGACGAAUCACAGUAGUAGCCAGCAGCAGCCCAUCGACAGGGAUUACUUGCGGUUCAAACCAAUCCAGACACCGCCACCACCACCGCCCAAUAGGUUUCAACCGUUAGAAAGACCAAAGUCCGAAGUGCCAAGCGGGGCGACUGGACCGCAGUCGUCGCACUUAGCCAUUAGAUACGAUCCGAAACUCGAGCAACCUCGAAGUGGAGUCAGAGCCGUGCCCAUUGCACAGGCCAAGCAACCGUCCUCGUCCUCCUCGGUUGCAUCGCACGAGAUCAACCGAGUGAUCGUGCAGAAACCCGAACCGCGGUAUCAUCAACAGCAGCAGCAGCAGCAACAACAACAACCACCACCGUCGUCUCAGCAACAGCAGCAGCAGCAUCACCUCAACCAUAGGUCGUCGGACGACCAUCACCACCAAAAACGACCGGCGUCGGUGCAGCCGUCUUACUUGGAAUCCAGACCGUUCCAGAUCAAACCGUAUGACGGCGGUAGCAACAACAGCAGUAACGGCAGCAGCAGCAGCAGCAGCAGCAACAGCAACAGCAACAGCAGCAGCGGCCAGUCAUCGUCUUACCAUAGGCCGUUCGCCGCGGCCCCACCGACUGCGCCUCCGACCUCAUCGCAGUCCAAUCCCGCCGUAGUCGUGGCCGGCAUGGACCACCGGUGGACCGUGUUCGGCCGUCAAGAUGCCCGAACGCCCACGUUCCUGCAACAACCGCCGUCCUCGACGGUGACGGCGGCCGUCAUAAACGGUUACCACCAUCACCGUCAGCCACCGUCCUCAUCAUCGUUACCGGUCGUCGUGUCGCAACACCUGCAACACCAAUCGUCGUCGAUGUCGUCCAGACAACCUCAGCAGCAGCAAAACUAUCCACUCAACUUACACAAGCUCACGAUUCCCGCUCGACCCGCUACGGCUGCCGGCCAGUUGCAACAGGUUAAAGUUGGACAGGAGAAUACGACCAAUACUUCGACCAAGUUGCGUUUCGAGAUGAAACGCGAAUCUCCACUUGACCUGUCAGUGAAAACCGUGUGCCGUUCGGCCGAUUCGACAGACGAUCGGUUGAACCCAUUCGGGCACGACAUACCCAAGGUGAACUUCAAACCGGAUUUCAACGCUUGCCGUGGCUCGUCGACAUCCCUGUCUGCAGCUGGAUCGAUAGCACAACCCGCUCCACCGACCGUCGUAGUGGUCAGUGGACAACCACAACAUAAUACCACGGCUCCCACCUACCAUCAACUACAAGCUCCACCACUGUCACUGCCGCCACCAUCUUCACUGGCACCACCGCCCGCAGUGGUGUCUUCGUUGCAAACGCAACUACCAUUGUCUUCGUCUCCCGCCUUGCCAACUCCGCUUCCACCGGUGGUGCAUCACCAGGGGCCUCCUUUGUUGCAGCUCUCGCCCGCCGACGAAGCUUGGCGUGCAGCCAUCGAUCGUCAGAUUGAGCAAAAAUUUAGCACGUACACCUCAGCGAAGAAACAUCAUCAUCAUCAUCAUCCGCAGCAGCAGCUGCCACCGGUUUUGCAGCAACAGCAAGGACCCGCGCAAGCCGAUAAACGGGUGUUGGAAAUACUGAAGCAGAACAUCGAAGCGCGUGACCAUAGCAGUCGCCCGCAAAUCGCUGAGGCGCCGUCCACACCCGCAAUGGUGUUCUCGACGCCCAUACGGAAGGAGCCGUCGACUACGCCUUUGAAGAAGACCGAUUAUUACAUGACCGAGCGCACGGCCGUCACGCCAUUCCCCAAAAAGAUUGACUAUUACAUGGACCGAGCGUACUGCAGCGCGCCCCGGAUCCGCACCAAAGCUGAGAGAAAACAGGUUUCGACUGAAGGGUCUUCUAGUAGCAUGAGAAUGAGUAGCCCAAUGGCUGCUGCCACGGCCAUUUCGCCUCACCCAUUUUUACCAUCGAAUAAUAGCGUGCCUCAAACCAAACAAGAGCAGAUUCCGCUCACACAAACUGAAUCGGUGGUUGACGUUAAGUUAGAUAUCAAAAGAGAAUCGUCACCUAUUAAAGAUCCGGAACUAUGUUUAUUAAAUAAAGAGGAUGUGGAAAAAGAUGACGACGAAGAGUUCUGGAUGAAUACGUGCAACUCAUUUGUAGUGCAGUUGGCUGAAACCCAAGAAAAGAAAAAGGUUAAAACGCCAAUUAAGAGAAAACUGCCAAAAGAACAACUACCACAACCGCCCAAAAGAAAGUAUACUAAACGAAAAAAAGUAGAACCUAUUUCCGAAUCUGAGCAAGAAAAUAAAGUAAAAGAUUUCAAAGAAGAUGUGUUAAAGAAACCAACAGAAGAAAUUAAAUCUGAAAAGUUUGCUCUUCAAGAAAAAAUUAAUCAUGGUGAUAAGUCAGUUAAAAUAGAAUCGUUGGAUAUGGAUAAAGAAAACAAAACAAAAGAAAAAGAUCAAGAGAAGACGACGGACGAUAAAGAAAAAGAAGACGAUGAAAAGGCAACAUCAAAAGUGAAACCAAAAAGAAAACGAUUAUUCAAGUUAAAAUUUCCAAAGCCAUUACUUGUAACUAAAGUGAAAAAAUUGAAAAAAGAAGAUAAAAAAGAGUUGAAAAUGAAAAAAGAAGAAAAGAAAGAGCUAAAAAAGGGCGAAAAGAAAGAAACAAUCAAGAAAGAUGUAUCACUGCUGAAAACGGAAAAGAAAGAGCUUGCUGCAGCGGCAAAAGAAGAGAAAAAAGGACUAAAAAAAGAAGAAAAACGCGAUCUAAAGAAGGAUCCACAAAACAAAAAAGAUCUCAAUAACAAGAAGGAAAAUAAGAAGACAGACCUUACUAAGAAGAAGAUGGCAGCAGAGAAAGAAAAUGUGACAAAAAACAAUGAAAACACAACGAGACGAUCAGCCGCGGCUGCAGCCGCAGCCGCCAUCAACGAAGUGACCAGUAAAUUCAACCCGAGGCAAUCAUUGAGACGAAAAAACUCGUUGAAAGAUUACUCGUUCGCUUUUGACGAGUUGCUGGAUGACCCGUUCGUUCAUUUCGAGACCGACGAGAUCCCGGUGAAAGCGGCAGCCACUGUGGUCGUUAAGAAGCCCAAAGAAAAAGAUAACAUUGAGUCAAUGCGAAUGAAACUGAGGUCUCGGAGCCGACCGUUAUUGGUCAAACAGGAACCGCUGCUGGCCGCGAAAAAGAAAGCCAAUGCAAAAAACAAAAACAUUCCAAAAAGGCGGCGGAAAAAGUCGUUAGGUGAAAAGUCCGCACACCCGGCCGUUACGACCACGGAUGAUUGGAAGGACGAGCUGUACAAGUUCAAACGGUCACUACGCCUGCCGUCCAAACUCAUAUCAGUGGUGUCACCACCUUCCGCUGUAGGCCCCGAUCAGGUAUCAUUGACAUCCAUCAUGAACAUUCCGCCGCUGUUAAAGCCGGCCAAAGUACCUAAAACAGUAAAGUCGGCGUCUCAGUCACACGCAGCCGUGACAUCUGCCGUAGCCGUCGCUUCAACCUCAGCCGCCGGAAAGAACAAGACGAAGCGGUUAGGUCAUUUGUUCGGACGCCGGGAUGUAUUUAAAGGCCGGCGUCUGUUAAAACGUGAAAAGAUCGUGUCCGCCGAGAAGUUGAUGCAACGUAAUCUGCGCAAAAGGCGACAACAAAAAGACGAGGGAAAGAAAGGGUGUGCCGGCGAUGAGGCCACCGCGGAUAUUCCAGAUGACGAGGAUGUCAACACCGAGGUAGACGAAGAUGAUGACGACGAUGGCAAAAAUGGCAGAAAACCACCUCCCGCCCGUAUGAUGUUUAAACGAAAAUUUAUGCGCAAAAAGUUUCGGUCAGGGUUUGACUACAUCAAAAAGAAGAAGAAGAAGGAACCCGCGUCGGAAAAAAAAUCAGCCACCUCUGUAUCUUCUACCAUCUCCACGCCACCGCCGAAGUGCGCGCCACGUUAUGUGUCCGAAAUUCAAGCCGAUAUCAAAGUAUGGAUAGUGAACAAGGGACACGGCGAAACAGUACUCCACCGAGCUGCCAGAUUAGGAGUCAAAGACGUUGUCGGUUUUUGCAUUGAAAAACUUGAAUACGCGCCUUCGGUGGCUGACAACGCGGGUUACACUCCGCUGCACGAAGCGUGUUCGCAAGGCCAUUAUCAUAUAGCCAAGUUAUUGCUUCAGUUCGGUGCAGACGUAAGCGCUAGCGCCCAAGGAGGCAUAAGACCUUUACACGAAGCCGUAGAAAACGGUGACGUACAUCUAGUACGUCUGUUGCUCGGUUACGGUGCUGACCCGCAUUUGGCCACUUAUUCAGGGCAGUCACCACUGUCCUUGGCCACGGACAAACAGACAAGAAUGCUACUUGAGCAUCAUGUAAAUGACAUACAAGGCUAUGGGAACGCGUCGGUGUGGAAUUUUGACGAAACUACGCUAAACGGUGAACCCGAAGACGUGGACAGGCUGCUAUGGUCCUCACCGCCGCAGUCGUCAGCCGACGACGUGCCGUCGUUCGAGUUCGAGUUCGCCGACCAAUCGUUGCCGGACGUUUACAAGCUGCCUCCCGCGGACGGGAGCAGCGCGGACGCGGCGGUCACUGCGGACGACGAUUGGGUACUGUUCUCGGACGUGUCGUCCGCGCUGUCCGUGAAGACGGCCGACGCGCUGGCCAAGCUGUUGGACGACGAGAACGCGGUGACGGCCGUACCGCUGGACCGGUUCAACAAGUGCGCGGUGCCCAGAAAAACGUUGGGCCGACAACCGGCGGCGCCCAUCGCCAACAACAAGACCACCACCGCCGUCAACAAAACCGCCGUCGCGGAACAGCCGACGGCCAAAGACGAGACCGGUGGCGCUGCGGACGAACCUGCCGAGGAACAAAUACUGUUGGUCCGUUACGAUGACAAACUCAAACAGCUGUUGGGCGUGGACGCGUUCUCCGUAAGUUGACAUCACCGCCGCCGGCAGCAACAGUAGUAGUGUAGUCGCGCGCGCACUGGACGAGUUACCGUGUUAUGUUGUUUAUUAAUUUUUUAUUUUAUUUAACAAUUUUUUUUAAUUUUUUUUUUUUUCUUAUUGCUAAGAGCCGUAGAUUUAAUUGUAUUGCCAUCGACUUAUUGCGUUCGAUUAACGUUUACGCGUUUUUACUUUCUCAUUAAG